AAUGCAUUCAGUUUGCGCUUCCAUGAGUUAAGGAGAAAAACGUAAACACGAGACGAGAGUAUCAGCUGUGGAAAAGCAUACGAAGUGUUCACAGUACCUAGUUUUCUACAUCAGAGUAUGAUCGACCUGUUAAAAGACCCAGUUUAUUCACAAAGCAUUGUACUGCUGUUAAGUAAACAUCUUUCAUAACCUGAAAAUCGAAGUUUAAAAUCAGCGAUUGGAGAUCUUCACCCAGCGGUGUGUCACGUGCGUCUGGACUUUACACUGUAGGGGAUAUUGUAUAUGCGUGUUUCGUGAAAGAAACACCACGCAUCGCAGACGGCAACUGAAAGCUGACUUUACCUUGACAGCUACUUUGCUGUCAUGCAGUAGGAGACUCAAACAGAGAAGUUGCAACUAUGGCACAGAUUACGCGAUCAGCAGCGAAAAGACCCGAAAGGCCAAAACUUGACCUGAAGUUUCUGCAGAGAUUCUGCCGUAUUCAGAGAGUCCUUUUCCCGACGUGGUCCAGUCAAAAUGUGCUCAUGUUUGGGACUUUGUUGGCAGUCACACUGUUCGAGCAGCUGAUCAUUUACCAAGUAGGUGUCAUUCCAAGCAAGUUCUACAAAGUGCUUGCAAGCAAAGACUUUCCUGGUUUCAAAGGCCUCCUGUUGUUUGCUGGGCUUCUGAUAGUGCUGAACUCCAUGCUGAAGAGCCUGGACCAGUAUAUCUGCAGCCUGAUGUAUGUGAGCUGGCGGAGGGCUCUGACUGAGCGGCUGCAUGGCGCCUACUUCCAGGGCAGGGUCUACUACACGCUGAACGUGCUGCCUGAGGAUCUGGACAACCCAGACCAGCGCAUCAGCCAGGACGCGGAGAGGCUGUGUAAGCAGAUGAGCGCCAUGGCCAGCCGCCUCAUCCUGUCCCCCUUCACCGUGGCCUAUUACACCUACCACUGCUUCCACAGCACUGGCUGGGUGGGACCCAUCAGUAUCUUCGGCUACUUCAUCGUGGGGACUCUCACCAACAAAGUGUUGAUGGGCCCCAUCGUGGCCACGCUGGUCGAGCAGGAGAAGCUAGAGGGAGACUUCAGAUUCAAGCACAUGCAGAUCCGGGUUAACGCCGAAUCUGCCGCCUUCUACAGGGCUGGAAAGGUGGAGCACAUGAGAACAGACCGAAGACUGCAGCGCCUCCUGCAGACCCAGAGGAGCCUGAUGACAAAGGAGUUCUGGCUAUACAUUGGGGUGAACACCUUCGACUACCUGGGGGGCUUCCUGAGCUACAUAGUCAUCGCCAUGCCCAUCCUCACAGGGGUGUAUGAUGGGCUGAGUCCCGGGGAGCUCAGCGCCCUCAUCAGCAGGAAUGCUUUUGUCUGCAUCUACUUGAUAAACUGCUUCACUCAGCUGAUGGACCUGUCCACCACACUUUCUGAUGUGGCUGGAUACACCCACAGGAUUGGAGAGUUGAUGGAGGUGAUGGACGACAUCAUCCGGAAGCAAUGUGACUACGAUCCCACAUCCGGGGAUUCGUAUGACUUUGACAGUGAUCUGGACGCCCCGCACCGCCACGUGGAUACAGCUUUCAUUCUGGACCGGCUGUCCUACAAGUGUCCCCAGUCGGACAGUCUCCUAGUGAAAGACCUGAGCCUGAAGAUCAGCCAGGGGACACACCUCCUGGUUGUGGGCGACACAGGGACUGGGAAGACCUCCUUCCUGAGGGUCCUCAACAGGCUGUGGGAGUCCUCCAGUGGCUUUGUCCAGAUGACCACGUUCUUUGGACCCCGUGGCCUUCUGUUUCUCCCUCAGAAGCCGUACCUGACUGAUGGAACGUUGAGAGAGCAGGUUAUCUACCCCUUAAAGGACACAUACCCAGUCUCGGGCUCUGUGGACGACGAGAGGAUCCUUCAGUUCCUCGAGUUGGCCGGCAUUUCCAGUCUCUUGAAGAGGACAGGGGGGCUGGAUGAGGAAGUGGACUGGAGCUGGUACGAUGUGCUGUCGCCCGGGGAAAUGCAGCGGCUGUGUUUCGCCCGCCUCUUCUACCUGCAGCCCAAAUACGCAGUGCUGGACGAGGCCACCAGCGCAUUGACUGAGGAGGCGGAGGGGCAGCUCUACCGGGCCUGUAAACAGCUGGGCAUGACGCUGGUGAGCCUGGGCCACCGCAGCAGCCUGGACAAGCAUCACGACAUGAAGCUGAGGCUCUGUGGAGACGGCAGAUGGGAGCUGACUGAGCUGAGAGCGUGAGCUGCAGAGAAGCUGCUGAGAUCCAGCGUUUACCUCUCGCGUCCAUAAAAGCACCUGACAAAGAGCUUUAGCGGACUGGGAUCCCUUCAUAGGUGCUGACAUCGCACAUGCGAAAGGCCUUCAGCUCCUUUUUUAUUACAUUUGUAAGCUGAUUCAUGCAGAGUUACAAAGGAUGAGUGUGGCUGUUUGAUGGCCGCACCGACUGUAUAUUAAUACUGCUUUUAAGGGUAAAUACUAAUGAACACGGUGCGCUGUACCGUCGUGCUGCAUCACAGAACACAUCACAAGUCUGUGAAACUCCAGCAGCAGCGUGUCUGAGCCCAAUUGGCUGCUCUCGUUUCCUCUAAAAGGCUGCUGGCUUUCAUAUCUCAAAGAAGGCCACUCAUAAUUCGGUGUAGCUCGUGUUAAUCUGUGUAUCUCGUAUCUUACUCCUCUUUUCUGUUGAGAGUUCUGCUGAACUCACUGCUUGACUCUGAACCAUGUGAGGAACCCUGCUGAGAACGGGAGAUGUGUAAACCGCACAUGCGCAACAUUUUUCUCCUCUGAAUUUUUUGUUACAUUUAACAUGUCGUCUAAGUUCAUAAACUCCGCCUUGGUAGGUUACAGGGCCAAAUAAUGGACAAGCAACUGAGGACGUGGUAAAUAUAAUUAGAAAAUGUAAAACUCUAAAAAGA